AUGCAAUUAUCUACCUUAGCAAUUUUAUCUCUGGCUCUUGUAUCGCUGGCCCACGCUUUAGGUGGUUGUGCUUUGAGCGGCUCAAAAUCUGCUGGUUUUAAGGUUAACGUUUACCCUUAUGAAAUCGAAGAUCAAUACACCAUGGCAGACUUGGAUUAUGUCUCUUCUGGAUACAGAAAGAACGCAGUGAUUGCUUCAAUUCCAUCAGUUCAGAACAUUAACUACUAUUGGAAGCGUCCUUUGUAUCCUGAUAGCCCUGAUCCUUAUGUGGCCCAGCUCUAUGGUGGACCACUUAUUACUAUGACUAACUUUACCAUGGAACUCACAGGUUAUUACCAUGCAAUUGAAGCUGGUGAUUACACUUUCGAAUUGACCGAGAUUGAUGACUCUGCUGCAGUUUUCAUCGGUGAUGGUUCAGCAUUUGACUGUUGUAAGGACACUCCAACCAUUAACCCAGCUGAUUUCAAAAUCUUCACCGCAAAGGAAUGGCAAGGUCAUACUGGAAACACCAAGUCUACUGUGCAAUUAUCUGCUGAUACUUACUAUCCUCUCAGAAUCGUUUACACAAAUGCUGUCAGUCGUUCCACCUUGCAAUUCUUUGUUACCAAACCAAACGGAGCAACUUCUGCAGUUCAAUCUGAUGUUUACGUUUACGAUGAAAGCAGACAAUAUUGUCCAGAACCAUCUUCAUCUAUCUUUUCAUCAAGUACUAUUCCAUCAUCUAGCUCUGCUACCCCAACCCCUCACGUUACCACCGUCACUACCCCAUGGACCGGUUCCGAAGUUUCUACUACUACUUUGACUCCAUCUGGACCUGACGGUACUACCACUGUUGAAAUCUUGACUCCAACUCCAACUCCUGAAGUUACUACUAUCACUACUCCAUGGACUGGUUCCGAAGUUUCCACCACUACUUUGACCCCAUCUGGAUCUGACGGUACUACCACUGUUGAAAUCUUGACUCCAACUACUCCUCACGUUACUACCAUCACCACUCCAUGGACCGGUUCUGAAGUUUCCACCACUACUUUGACCCCAUCUGGAUCUGACGGUACUACCACUGUUGAAAUCUUGACUCCAACUCCAACUCCUGAAGUUACUACUAUCACUACUCCAUGGACUGGUUCCGAAGUUUCCACCACUACUUUGACUCCAUCUGGAUCUGACGGUACUACCACUGUUGAAAUCUUGACUCCAACUACUCCUCACGUUACUACUGUCACUACUCCAUGGACUGGUUCUGAUGUUUCCACCACUACUUUGACUCCAUCUGGAUCUGACGGUACUACCACUGUUGAAAUCUUGACUCCAACUACUCCUCACGUUACUACUGUCACUACUCCAUGGACUGGUUCCGAAGUUUCCACCACUACUUUGACUCCAUCUGGAUCUGACGGUACUACCACUGUUGAAAUCUUGACUCCAACUACUCCUCACGUUACUACUGUCACUACUCCAUGGACUGGUUCCGAAGUUUCCACCACUACUUUGACCCCAUCUGGAUCUGACGGUACUACCACUGUUGAAAUCUUGACUCCAACUACUCCUCACGUUACUACUGUCACUACUCCAUGGACUGGUUCCGAAGUUUCCACCACUACUUUGACCCCAUCUGGAUCUGACGGUACUACCACUGUUGAAAUCUUGACUCCAACUACUCCUCACGUUACUACUGUCACUACUCCAUGGACUGGUUCCGAAGUUUCCACCACUACUUUGACCCCAUCUGGAUCUGACGGUACUACCACUGUUGAAAUCUUGACUCCAACUACUCCUCACGUUACUACUGUCACUACUCCAUGGACUGGUUCUGAAGUUUCCACCACUACCUUGACUCCAUCUGGAUCUGACGGUACUACCACUGUUGAAAUCUUGACUCCUUCAACCACUCCAUCUGGUCACAUCACCACCGUCACCACUCCAUGGACUGGUACUGAUGUUUCCACCACUACUUUGACUCCAUCUGGAUCUGACGGUACUACCACUGUUGAAAUCUUGACUCCUUCAACCACUCCAUCUGGUCACAUCACCACCGUCACCACUCCAUGGACUGGUACUGAUGUUUCCACCACUACUUUGACUCCAUCUGGAUCUGACGGUACUACCACUGUUGAAAUCUUGACUCCUUCAACCACUCCAUAUGCUCCAAUCACCACCAUCACCACUCCAUGGACUGGUACUGAAGUAUCCACUAUUACCUUGACCCCAUCUGGCUCCAAUGGUACCACUACAGUUGAGAUCUUGACUCCAACUGGUGAAACCUCCACUGUUACUGAUAUUCACACAACCGUCAUUACCGUCACCUCAUGCUCAGACAACAAGUGUACCGAAGUUCCUGUCACUACUGGUGAAACUGUUGUUACCACAACUGUUGACAGUACUACUUACGUUUACACUACCUACUGUCCAUUGCCAUCCACCACUGCAGUCGUCCCUACUCCACAAGGUACUACUCCAUCUGGUGAACAACCAGCUGCUACCCCAUCCGGUGAACAACCUGCUGGUACUACUCCAACUGGUGAACAACCAGCUGCUACCCCAUCCGGCGAACAACCUGCUGGUACUACUCCAACUGGUGAACAACCAGCUGCUACCCCAUCCGGUGAACAACCUGCUGGUACUACUCCAACUGGUGAACAACCAGCUGCUACCCCAUCCGGUGAACAACCUGCUGGUACUACUCCAACUGGUGAACAACCAGCUGCUUCCCCAUCAGGUGAACAACCUGCUGGUACUACUCCAACUGGUGAACAACCAGCUGCUACCCCAUCCGGUGAACAACCUGCUGGUACUGCACCAUCUGGUGAACAACCAGCUGCUACCCCAUCCGGUGAACAACCAGCUGGUACUACUUCAUCUGGUGAACAACCAGCUGGUACUGCCCCAUCUGUUGAACAACAAUCAACCGGUUCUUCCCAACCAAGUGCAUCUCCAUCAACUGGAGCUCCAUCCAUUACCCCUGCCGAUAAUGCUUCCGGUAAAUUAUUAUCUUCUACCUUCUCCAUGCUUUCAGCCAUGGUCGUUGUUUGCUUUUUCUAA